AUGGCUAUCCACCCAUCUCCUUCCCCUCACCCCUCUCUCUUCACGCAUGGCUAUCCACCCAUCUCCUUCCCCUCACCCCUCUCUCUCCACGCAUGGCUAUCCACCCAUCUCCUUCCCCUCACCCCUCUCUCUCCACGCAUGGCUAUCCACCCAUCUCCUUCCCCUCACCCCUCUCUCUCCACGCAUGGCUAUCCACCCAUCUCCUUCCCCUCACCCCUCUCUUCACGCAUGGCUAUCCACCCAUCUCCUUCCCCUCACCCCUCUCUCUCAACGCAUGGCUAUCCACCCAUCUCCUUCCCCUCACCCCUCUCUCUCCACGCAUGGCUAUCCACCCAUCUCCUUCCCCUCACCCCUCUCUCUCCACGCAUGGCUAUCCACCCAUCUCCUUCCCCUCACCCCUCUCUCUCCACGCAUGGCUAUCCACCCAUCUCCUUCCCCUCACCCCUCUCUCUCCACGCAUGGCUAUCCACCCAUCUCCUUCCCCUCACCCCUCUCUCUCCACGCAUGGCUAUCCACCCAUCUCCUUCCCCUCACCCCUCUCUCUCCACGCAUGGCUAUCCACCCAUCUCCUUCCCCUCACCCCUCUCUCUCCACGCAUGGCUAUCUACCCAUCUCCUUCCCCUCACCCCUCUCUCUCCACGCAUGGCUAUCCACCCAUCUCCUUCCCCUCACCCCUCUCUCUCCACGCAUGGCUAUCCACCCAUCUCCUUCCCCUCACCCCUCUCUCUCCACGCAUGGCUAUCCACCCAUCUCCUUCCCCUCACCCCUCUCUCUCCACCCCCUCUCCUUCACUCUCACUCUCUCCUCCGCUCCAUCCCUGCACAGCACGAGCAGUUCAACCGGCGGGGGGACUUCCCAGCCAAGGUGGCGGAGGGCGCGUGGCCCUUCUCCUGUGCGCGCGCCAGCCAUGCCAACUGCAUCGCCCUGCCCUAUGGCAUCUACAGCCAUGGCGCACGCGUGCUCUGUGCUGGGGGGGACGAGGAGCGGGAAGGAGGGGAGGCGGGGGAGGGGGACGAGGUGAAUGGGGGCGGGGCUGUGGUGAUGGCGCAGCUCCAGGUGGGGGGAGGCAGGCAGGAGGGCAGUGCGCCGCAGUAA